AAUGUUAGCUGCAGCUAGGUUUGCUGAGCUGAGUGAAACCUAAAGAUGUCCGACAAUGCUGAGUCUCCAACAGAAACACAGAAAGAAGAACUACAUUCACCGUCAGAAAACUCCGCGACCAGUGAGGAGAAGAAAAAAAUCGAUGUGCUGUUGAAGGCUGUGGGAGACACUCCUAUAAUGAAAACAAAGAAGUGGGCAGUGGACAGGGGGAGGACGGUACAGUCCCUCUCUCAGUUCAUUUCUCGCUUCCUCAAACUUGAUGCCAAUGAACAACUGUUCAUCUAUGUCCAUCAGUCAUUUGCACCAUCGCCAGAUCAGGAAAUGGGAGUCCUUUUUGAUUAUCAGUACAAUGACAGAAUCCCACCUGCCUGAGUUGAUCAGCAGAGGGCGCAUGAAGAGGGAAACUUCACAGACCAAAGCUUAAAAUCUUCAGCCAGUUUUCUCAGAAGGUGACAGUGAAGGGAAAAAACACAGCGGAGCGUCAAUUUUCACUUUCAGCUGCUACGCCUGUUCUUUUCAUCUCGGAUAUUAAAAUUAAAAUUCAAAAAAACUUUAUUAAUCCCGAAGGGAAAUUAAUUGUUGUAGCUAAUUAAUUCAGAUUUUUCAAAGAGUUUUUGAAGAUGGUGAUCCUUUACAUUUUCAUCAAAAU